CUUGGUAGCCAUUUAAAAAUAAGACUAAACAUUAAUGUCCAAUUUUUGUGUUUCAUUUUUAUCGAUAAUCUUUUAAAACAAUAAGUGUAAUUUAUUAAUUUGGUUUAAUUAGAUGUUAAUCAACUCAUUUUAACUCUUCCUGGAAUUGUGUUUAUCAGGAGAAAACCAAAAAUAAAUAAAAACCGAAAAUUGAUUUGACAAAGGGUUUGAUUACACACAUAGUGUAAUAAUCCAGGCAUUUUGGAUGGGACCAGGAACAGAAUUCAUUGCACCAGCCGAGGCACCCAUAUUUCGUCCAUCAGAAGAGGAUUUUAUCAAAGGUCCGCUCGAGUAUAUUUCUAAAAUAAGACCAUUAGCUGAAAAACAUGGAAUCUGUAAAAUCAUACCACCCCCUUCUUUUCAACCUCCAUUUGCGGUUGAUGUUGAAAAAUUUCGAUUCACCCCGAGGGUUCAACGACUAAAUGAAUUGGAAGCACAGACACGGGUUAAAUUAAAUUUUUUGGAACAAAUAAUCAAAUAUUGGGAUUUACAGGGAACCUUGACCAAAGACAAAGUUAAGGGAGCACCUUUUAAAUUACCGACAGUUGAAAGGAAAGUUCUUGAUCUCUACUCGUUACAUAAAGUUGUCGCAGAAGAAGGAGGCUUUGAAACAUGUACAAGAGAAAGAAAAUGGUCCAAAGUUGCAAGUCGCAUGAAUUUUAACUUAAAUCCCAACAAUAAGGGUACAAUAUCAUCUCUAUUACGUCAACACUACGAGCGCAUCUUAUAUCCAUUCGAUGUAUUCCUUAGUGGUGCCACAAUUGGCGGUGAUCUUAAAAUCCCUGGAGUCAAAGUUACUCAUGAUAUCAAACCAAAUGUUGACAAUUCUAAUAAUAAUAACAAUAAUAAUAAUGGAACACUCAAUGAAGGAACACCAAUCACCGUGGAAUUUGAAAAGCCUAAAAUAAAGACAGAACCUGUUAAUUUAGAAUCAAAUGAUGGUGAUUGUUUAAAAUCUACUUUUAUCUUGGACAAAGAAGGUUCUUCUCAUGGUAUUAGUAACUCUGAAGAAUCUUGCAUGUCGUCCUUUAAAGGACCUUCACCUUUACCACCACCAUCAACUCCAACCUCUGUACCCUCAGGUCCAAUCAUUAACAAAAAUCUUAAAGUGGAAAAAGAAAGUAAACAAUUACGGACAUCUCCACGUCGAGUUGGAAGACCAAUAACUUAUAAUUUAAAUGUUGACCUAAGCAGACAGGCUCGACUUAAUGGUCGACCUGAUGGUGCUCCUAAUUCUCGUAUAAGUGAUUUUAAUGAAGACGAAACAACCGAUUGUGAAGAAUCUAAAGAUGAAGAAGAAGAGGAAGAUAAACAUGAGCCGAUUCAACUUCGACCAUCACCUAGAAGGCUUGCUCAUCGAAUGCAAACUCAACAAGGACAAAGGCGUAGAACUAGUUAUCCAAGGGUGGACAAAGGUCUGUUUUCUUGUCCUUUUUCAGAAUUACAAAGACUACAAGUAUAUGGAGCUGGACCUAAGAUGCCUGGUUUCUCAUCUCAAGACUCAUCAAAGACUAAAACUCAGGAUAAGAAUGGAAAAGAAAUCACCAAUGGAAAAAAUCAAAUUUGCACUCUUUGUAAUGAAAAUACAUUCUCCCAUCAAUUGCUUAGGUGUGCGGGUUGUGAUCACUUAUUUCACCUUUACUGUCUUAUUCCUCCUCUUAACAAUAUGCCGACGGGUGUUUGGCAUUGUCCCCGUUGUGUAGCCUCCUUUGUACAAAAUCAGCCACAACCAUUUACACAUGAGUUCGGCUUCGCCCAAAGUCAACGAGAUUAUACAUUAGCUGAUUUUGGUGAAAUGGCAGACCAAUUUAAAGCGGACUAUUUCCGUUUACCACCACAUAUGGUUCCACUAUCUCGAGUAGAAAAAGAAUUUUGGAGACUUGUGUCCUCCAUGGAUGAAUCAGUUACAGUUGAAUAUGGAGCUGAUCUCCACACCAAUGAUUUCGGCUCAGGUUUUCCGACUAAAAAGUCAAAAUUCAUCUCACCAGCAGAUCUUGAAUAUAUUGAUCAUCCUUGGAAUCUCAACAAUUUACCUAUUCUCGAAGGAAGUGUUUUCAAAUAUAUCAAUUCAAAUAUUAGUGGAAUGAUAGUUCCAUGGAUAUAUGUUGGCAUGUGUUUCUCAACAUUUUGCUGGCACAAUGAGGAUCAUUGGUCCUAUUCAAUUAACUACCUCCAUUGGGGCGAAGCCAAAACUUGGUAUGGAGUCCCUGGUGAUGCUGCUGAAAAAUUCGAAGACGCAAUGAAACAAGUAGCUCCCGAACUUUUCGAUUCACAACCUGAUCUCUUACACCAACUUGUGACGAUAUGUAAUCCAAAUAUUCUGAUGAAAUCUGACGUACCUAUUUAUCGGACAAAUCAACAAGCCGGCGAAUUUGUGGUUACAUUUCCACGAGCGUAUCACGCUGGUUUUAAUCAAGGAUUAAAUUUAGCUGAAGCUGUUAAUUUUGCGCCAUCUGAAUGGAUAUCAAUGGGCAGAAUUUGUGUAGAUCACUAUGCUAUGCUUCAGCGUUAUCCCGUUUUUAGUCACGAUGAACUUAUAUGUAGAAUGGCGUUUAUAGCUGAUGAAUUAGAUAUAGCCAUUGCAUCUGCAACAUAUGAUGAUAUGCUGGAAAUGGUUAAGAAAGAGACACACCUUAGAAGCCAAUUAGACGAUUGGGGUAUCAUACAAACUGAACAAAUGGUAUUUGAAGCAUUAGCCGAUGAUGAAAGACAAUGUUAUUAUUGUCGAACUACAUGUUACUUGUCAUCUCUUUCGUGUCAAUGUAAAUCAGAUAAAUUUGUUUGUCUAAUUCAUAAGGACAAGUUGUGUAAAAAGUGCACACCAUCUCAACAUAUCCUUAAAUAUCGUCAUGGUUUAGAAGAAUUUCCAGAAAUGAUGAAAAAAUUGAAGGAGCGAAUUAACAUCUACGACGAAUGGAUAAUGAAAGUGCAAAAAGUUCUAAAUGGAGAUACAGAGGAAGUAGUCCACCUCGCGGAAGUCCAAAAUUUAUCCGAAGAAGCAAAGAUCCAAUUUUUUCCAACAAACACCAAUGUUUAUGAACAAUUGUCCUCCUUAAUCGAAGAUAUGAAAGAACAAUCAAAAGUGCAAAGAAGAAUGUUAGAACAAGCAAAGAAGAGAGAAAAUCUAUCAAUUUUAAAGAGACUCAAGGUUGAACUUUUAGGUAGAAACUCAUCGAUAACCAAUUACACCAAUGACAUGAGCUUAGAAGGGGAUGAAAUGAACAGCAUGAUGAAAACCAAAAAGCUCAAGAAAGCAGUGUAAAUGAAAAUCUAAAAAAUCGAACCAUCAAUUCGAGCCGUUUUAAUGUCAAGUAAAAAAAAAUAAUGAUCAACUUUGAAAACAAAAAGAAACAACAACAAUAACAAUCAAUUACCAGCUUUGGAUAAAUCCAUUCUCACCUACGCUAUGAAUCAGAAUCUUGAAUUAACUACAAAAUCAUACAAAAUAUUUACAAGUACACAAACAACCCUCAUAUACAAUGCUUAUAAAUAAUAUACAUAAAUAUAUAUAAUAUAAAUAUACACUCCACUUUACACCCAAAAUCACCCUGCAGAAUAAUAUUCUCCCUCCUUCUCUCUCUCACACUCUCUUCUUCCUUAGCUUUUUUUUCUCUGUCUUUUUUUCUUCCUCUUCCCUAUACCCUAAAGUUAUAUAUUAUAUAAAGUAUAAAACCAACAGAAAAUGUAUUAUUAUUAUAUUUGAAUAUGAAUUAAUUUGAUCGAUAAACUUGCUUGAAAUCGAUCAAAUGAGAGCUGAAUAGAUCACCGAUCAAAUUAGCCAAUUCAUCUUAUCCUCCUUUUUUUGUGCAACAUCCAAUUUACUAGCCAGAGUUGAGAAGUAGUUUUCAUCUACUUUCUUUCCUCCUCAUCAUCUUUUUUUCUCUCUUUCUCUCUCUCUCUCUCAUCGUCAUCAUCUUCAUCAAUAUCUCUCUUCUUCCCUUUGUCCCGUUUUCAUCUCUACUACAACUUAUAUAUUCUCCUUCUAACACUUCUCUCUCUCUCUCUCUCUCUCUCUCUCUCUCUCUCUCUUUCUCUUUCAUCGCAUUUUAACAACAACAAAAUACCUUCAGCGAUGACUUUGUCUUCGCUCUCGAAUCCAAAUCAUCAACAAUUAGCUUUUUUUCAACAAUCACCUUCAUCAUUUCAACUACAAAACAAUAUUUUCUAUCCUCUGUAUUCCAUCUCGAAAUUGUCAUCAUGAAAACAAAAUCUCUCUUUUCUCUGUAAAUUCAAUCUUUGGUGUUCGAAACAUUAAAUAUUGUAACUGUAUUAAGGUUCAUUCAUAAAUUGUGUGACCCUGUUCUAGAUGCGAUUAACCAAUAAUAUAUAAAAAUCUAAUUUACAAAACCACAAUUAGAUUUACAUGAAAUGUUUAA